AUGCGCUGCGUAGCGAACGUUUUUCACCCACCCCCGGUUUCAACAUCUGAUCGCUUCCCCUUUCAACUGACCGAUGAUUUAUUUGUCGUUUACUUCCUCGGUCGAGCCGCGGGGUCGAAAGUCGUCAGUCACCGCCGCGCGCCCGUCAUCGAGGACGCGGUCGACGCUCGCGCGGAGGACAACGACGACGACGACGACGACGACGACGACGACGACGACGACGACGACGACGACGACGACGACGCGGCGUCCAUCGUCGCGCGCGGGGAGCUUCCGGAAGAGGACGAUGACGCGCGCGUGAUUGCGAAGAAGGGCGAGGUCGUUGGUCCGCCGUCGCGCGCGGCGUCCAUCAUGUCGGAUGCGGAGCCCGCCGCGGACGCCGGGGACGCGCCGAAGGAGCGGCGACGACGGAAGCGCACCGCGGCAGAGAAUUCUCCCCGACGUGCGACCAACGCCGCCGACCGCCGCCCGCGGCGAGCGCCCCCCUCCUCCUCGUCGUCGCCCGCCGCGGACGCCGCGCCCGAGGCGUCGUCGCCCGAGGGCGGAGGCGACGCGACGACGAGUCCGAGCGCGCUCCACGCGAGCGGCAGCCGGCGGCGACGGAAGCGCACCGCGGAGGAGAAACUCGCGCGGCGCUCGAGGAAAGAGGCGGAGGCCGCGGCGGAGGCCGCGGCGGACGCGGCCGCGGCCGAGGGCGCGGACGCCGCGCCCGAGCCGCGCGCCGAUCGCGUCGCCUCGAGCGUUUCGCGCGGCGCCGAGGACAACGGUCGCCUCUCGGACUACGCGUUCGCGGACGAAUUCUCAGAUGCCGCGUCGCCGUCGCCGAAAGCGGCGGCGGCGGCGGCCUCGCGCGAGGGGGGCGGGUCUUUCCGCGACGCGCGCGACGGCGGCGAGCCCGGCGAGCCCGGCGACGCGAGCGACGACGGCGCGAGCGACGACGGCGCCGAGCUGGACGCGACCCGUCGGAGGGGCUCGGUCGAUGGCGCGGACGCGGCGGCGGCGGCGGACGGCGACGACGACGACGCGCCGGCGGCGCCGCCGGCGGCGCCGCGGUUCCCGUGGGACGAAGAGAUCGCGGAGGCGGUCAACGACGUCCUCCGCCGCGACGGCGCGGAGAGCAUCUCGCUGAAGGCGAUCCGCGAGGAAGUCACGGAGCGACUCGGCGGGUUCGACCUGACGGAGAAAAAGCCGACGAUCAAAGCGGCGGUGGACGCCUUCUUACAGUACGUCGAGCUCUUCGGACACCCGCCCAAGGCGAAGGACGCGCGCGCGAUCGAAGAGAAGAAGCACGCGAAGAGAGAGGCGGCGGCGGCGGCGAAGUUGACGAGGGACGCGCCCAAGAGCGUGAAGUUCGUGGACCUGGAGUACGGCGGCGUCGAGAUCGGGAAGGACGUGGACGUGUACCGCGCGCCGUCGGUCGAGCUCGCGGAGAAACACGCGCGGAGCGUCAACGUGUACAAGAUCAGGUCGGGCGUGAACGUGUACUUCGAGGACGACGCGCUCGAGGACUUCGACGGGGACGAAAUCCUGGGGUACAUCUACGACCAACUCCAAGCCCGCGGGAUCAUCGUGAACCGAGUCAUCAAGGCGUCGAGGUCCAGGGCGAUGAUCGAGGACGUGCCGUUCUCGCAGAUCGCGGACCUCGAAGCGAGCGGCGUGACCGUCGCCGGAGUGAAGGUGCGCUGCGUGGCAGACGCCGUUCCCGAGGUGGAGGACGGGACGUCCGCGGAGGAUCUCGCGGACAUGGUGUUCCCGUACGAGGUCGGCAAGACGGGCCCCGUGGAGCUCGGCGACAUGGGCGUCGGGAUCGGUCUGUACUUUUCGUGUUUGCUCUGGGGAUUUCGAAUCUUCGCGCUCAUCGCCGCGCUGUCGUCGUUCACGAUCGUCGUGUACCUCAAGUCCGGGUUCAACUCGGAGUCGAUGAGCGCGGGCGGCGUGAGCGGGUACGCCGUGCCGACGCUCGGGGCGGUGCAGUGGCUGCACGAGCAGUCCAUCGGGAUAUUUUCGUCCGCCGCGUCGAGCACGGACGACACCGUCAUGCUCGCGCUGACGUGCGCCGAGUGCGCUCUCGCGUGCUACUUCGUCUUCAGGACCGCGCUGAGCAUCGACGUGUCGAACAUCACGCUGCAAGACUACUCGAUCAAAGUCGACGGCCUCCCCCGCGACGACCCGGACGUCACGCCGACCAAACUCGGCGUGCACUUCUCGCAGUUCGGCCGCGUGCAUCAGGUGGUCUUGGGCAUGGACGUCGGAUCGAUCAUAGGCAUCGACCGCGCGCGCGCCAAGUUAGUCAGAAGGGUGGAGACGCUCAACGCGAAGCUCGCGAGGGACGCGGCGGAGACGAAGCGCCGGUUCGAGGAAUUUCGCGCGAUGGAAAAAGAACGGUUCGAUCGGGAAAAGGCGAAGAAGUACAGACCCGGCGUGCUCGUUCGCCUGUGGCGGUGGCACAAACGCCGCGUCGCGCACGGGACCGUGGGUGCGGUGAAGAAUAUGAAGAGAAACGUCGCGAGGCUCGAGUCGAAGAUUGCGAAAUACGCGAAGCGCGUGGCGGAAAAAAAGAAAUCUAUAACGCAUCACACGGUGGCGUUCGUGACGUUCGAAACCGAGGAGUCGAUGCAAAAGGCGGUUCGGAAGUACCGCCCCGGGAACCCGCUCGCGUGGCUCUUCCGCGCGGAGAAGUACCGGUACAAAGACCACAGACUGGUCGUCAGACGCGGCCCGGAGCCGUCCACGGUGCUGUGGGAAAAUUUACAAAUCGUCGGCGGGAGAGCGUUCCGGAAACGCUUCACCGCGUGGGUCGGCGUCGUAUUCGUGCUCAUAUGCACCGGCUCUCUCGUCGUCAUCUCGCAAUCGAGAGAGAAUAAGGUCCCGUCGUCCAUCGAUUGCGACAAGGCGGAAUCCCAGGGGUUGCUCAUGUGCGACACGAUGUUCCCCGCCGCGGCGGCGAGCGGCGAGGCCUCCAAGGCGAUCAUCCGCCGGCAGAUCGGAUACCUCGAGCAAGUCACCCCGAAGCAGUGCAUCGCGGACGGGUACAUCAAAGACGGGACGUGGGUCGGCGCGACGAGCGUGUACUCGCCGUACCCCGACUCCGCGGAGUGGGACGCGACCACGUUGAAGGACGAGUGCGCGGCGCUCGCGUGCAUGGACUGCUUCUGCAAAGAACGCGUGUCGGAGUCACUGUGGAUUUUUUUAGGAAUCAAAUCGGACGACGACGGGUGGUACGAACUCUGCGAGGACUACCUCGCCGCGCGCGGAUACGAGCAGCUCACCGCGGCGGUGACGUCGAUCACGAACAUCCUCCUCACGAAGUCGAUGGGCACGUUCUCGGAGUACGAGUCGUAUCACACGGACAGCGAUCUUCAAAACGCGAUCGCGUACAAGCUGUUCCUCUCGCUCGUCGUCAACUCGGCGCUCAUACCCAUCAUCGUGUACGCGUCCGUGACGGAGCUCGCGUACGUUCCGUAUCUGUUACAGGGCGAGUACACGGACACGACAUUCUCGUGGUACGACAACGUGGGCGCGCUGAUCAGCAGCACGAUGGUCACGAACGCGAUCGCGUACCCCUUGGAACAAAUCAUCCUCGGGAAGUUUUGGCUGUGGCGGCGGCGGCGGCGACAAAAACACGCGGCGACGCAGGACGACUUGAACGACCUGCACGAGAACUUGGAGUUCCCGUUCGCGGAGAAGUACGCGCAGGCGACGUCGAUGAUGUUCAUCGCGAUGAUGUUCAGCAGCAGCAUGCCGAUGCUCGUGCCCGUGUUGUCCGUGUAUUUUCUCCUCGCGUUUUACGAGGCGCGGUACAACUUGUUGCGGCUGUGUAAGGCGCGUUCUCCUCACACUGGUCCCCAUACGACCGCGUUCGCGCGGUGCACGCCGAUCCUCGAGGACUUUCGGAAACCGCCGAGGUACAACGAGGCGAUGGCGGACACGUUCGCCGCGACCGCGCCGUGGGCGUCCAUCGCGAAGCUCUUCUUCGCCGGGUGGAUGCUCUCGAACGCGCAGGUGCCGCAGCUCGAUUACUCGCUCAAGGAGAAGGACGAGAUCUUGUCGCCGAUCAGCUCCUCCACCGGGUCGACGUUUGACUUCAACACGCGUCUGAAUUCGUACAACGCGACGGCGUGCCUGACGACGAUGGCGCUCAUCCUGCUCGGGUACGUGUGCGUCUGGAACUACGUCGCGAUCAGGAAGUUCAUCCUGAGACUGUUUCCGAAGGCGGAGUCCCUCUUCGAGGAGGUGGAGGUGUCGAUGACGCCGGACCUGAGCAUCGCGUUGUCGGACGGCAUCUUGAAAGGGCUUCCGUCGUACGAAGUGAAAGAUAACGACGUGUACUUUCCGAUCGUCGGCGACCACGCGUGCAAGAGCGCGGGGGGAAUCGACCAGCCCAUCCCGAAAGGGUGGGAGGGCCAGGUCGACGUGGACGACGACAAGAAAAAGGUGAAAGUGCGCGAAGACGCGCUCGCGGUGCGCAUCGUGCAAGAGGAAGCCGGCGCGUUCGGCGAGGGUGUUCAAAAGGCGCUCCGAAAGAACAAAGGGAAGAGCAAAGAGAAGAAGGACUCCUCCGGUAAAGAUAGCAAGGGUUCUUCCAAAUCCGGGAAGGGCACCGGGUACGGAGACUUAAAAGACGAGCCCGGGUCGAUGUUCGACGACGGCGGGAGAGGACGGCGAGGCCGACUGUCGCGGCGGCGGUCCACGGUGGCGCCGUUGGAUUGGGGCGCGGAUCGGUACGCGAGCGAGGAGGCGGACCGCGCCGCUGCGCGUCGCGCGGCGCGGCAACAGGAGGCGGCGUACGCCGCGGCGAGCGGCCCACCGCCCGGGGACGCCGCGCGCGCGCUGUUCGACCGCCCGGGCCGGAGAGGGGGGGACCGACGCGACGGCGGCGGCGGCGCGCUCGACGAGGAUCGCGAGGAGCGACGGCGGCGGCGGAAAGAGGAACGGCGCGCCGAGCGCCGCGCCCGCCGCGGGGAGUGA